CCCGGCGGCUCUGCCGAGGGAGGGCGGUAGAAUGCGUGGAACACGCCGCGCUGCAGAGUAGCGGGGUGGAUUUAUGAGGCGCAUCCCCAAGCCCCACAGAAAAACCCAACCCAACCCGAAGUGGCACACCGGAGAUGGACGGGCUGCCUGGCAGGAGUUUCCACCUGGAUGGCUGAGGUUGUGUAGAUGCAGCACACAGUACCCUGAGUGUGGAGCACGGGUUGCAGACCCAGUGUGGAGAGAACAGAGCCUUCAACAAGCCUGGGGCAGCCUCCAGGGUUCCAGGAGCUGAUCGUAGCCCCAGCAGGAGAAUGAGUGAAGAGACGGUCCCCGAUGCCGCCUCCCCACAACCCCCCCAGGGGCAGCCCUAUUUUGACCGCUUCUCUGAGGAGGAUCCGGAGUACCUGCGCCUUCGCAACCGGGCGGCCGACCUGCGGCAGGACUUCAACCUGAUGGAGCAGAAGAAGCGCGUCACCAUGAUUCUUCAGAGCCCGUCUUUCAGGGAGGAGCUGGAAGGCCUUAUCCAGGAGCAGAUGAAGAAAGGAAACAACUCCUCCAACAUCUGGGCCUUGCGGCAGAUUGCGGACUUCAUGGCCAGCACCUCCCACGCAGUCUUCCCAACAUCUUCCAUGAACUUCUCCAUAAUGACACCGAUCAAUGACCUCCACACCACUGACUCCCUGAACCUGGCCAAAGGGGAGCGGCUCAUGCGGUGCAAGAUCAGCAGUGUCUACAGACUUCUGGACCUCUACGGCUGGGCCCAGUUGAGCGAUACCUACGUCACGUUGAGAGUCAGCAAGGAGCAGGACCACUUCCUGAUUAGCCCUAAGGGAGUUUCCUGCAGUGAAGUCACUGCAUCCAGCCUGAUCAAGGUGAACAUCCUGGGCGAGGUGGUGGAGAAGGGCAGCAGCUGCUUUCCGGUGGACACCGCGGGCUUCCGUCUGCACUCGGCCAUCUACGCAGCCAGGCCCGACGUGAGGUGCAUCAUUCACCUGCACACACCAGCCACGGCAGCGGUGUCAGCCAUGAAGUGGGGUCUCCUGCCUGUCUCCCACAAUGCCCUGCUGGUGGGGGACAUGGCCUAUUACGACUUCAAUGGGGAAAUGGAGCAGGAAGCCGAUCGUGUCAAUCUGCAGAAGUGCCUUGGACCCACUUGCAAGAUCCUGGUGCUAAGAAACCAUGGAGUGGUUGCUCUAGGUGACACAGUAGAGGAGGCAUUUUACAAGGUCUUCCACCUGCAGGCUGCGUGUGAGAUUCAGGUGUCAGCUCUAUCCAGCGCUGGAGGAGUGGAGAACCUCAUUCUCCUGGAGCAGGAGAAGCACCGGCCCCAUGAAGUGGGCUCUGUGCAGUGGGCUGGGAGCACCUUUGGACCCAUGCAGAAGAGCCGGCUAGGGGAACACGAGUUUGAGGCCCUCAUGAGAAUGCUGGACAACCUGGGAUACAGAACAGGCUACACAUACCGCCAUCCCUUUGUCCAAGAGAAAACCAAACACAAAAGUGAAGUGGAGAUCCCAGCCACAGUCACAGCCUUUGUGUUUGAGGAAGAUGGUGCCCCAGUGCCCGCCUUGCGACAGCACGCCCAGAAGCAGCAGAAGGAGAAGACCCGUUGGCUGAACACUCCCAACACCUACCUGAAGGUCAACGUAGCAGAUGAGGUCCAGAGGAGCAUGGGUAGCCCACGGCCCAAGACCACGUGGAUGAAAGCUGAUGAGGUAGAAAAAUCCAGCAGUGGCAUGCCAAUCCGGAUUGAAAACCCAAACCAAUUUGUGCCUCUCUACACUGACCCUCAAGAAGUGCUGGAAAUGAGGAACAAGAUUCGAGAACAAAACCGACAAGAUGUGAAAUCAGCAGGGCCUCAGUCUCAGCUCCUGGCAAGUGUUAUCGCUGAGAAGAGCCGAAGCCCGUCUACAGAGAGCCAGCUGAUGUCCAAGGGUGACGCGGAUACCAAAGAUGAUUCAGAGGAGACGGUGCCCAACCCCUUCAGCCAACUUACUGACCAGGAGCUGGAGGAAUACAAGAAAGAGGUGGAGAGAAAGAAAUUAGAAUUGGAUGGAGAGAAGGACACUGCCACAGAAGAGCCUGGCUCCACUGUAAAGUCUGCACCUGCUUCUCCAGCACAGAGUCCAACGAAGACAGAGAAAAAGAGCCCUACAGUCUCUCCGUCCAAGUCCACUGAAGAAGAUACUAAGAAGACAGAACCAAGCAAAGAUACCACAAAGCCCGAAACAGCCCAGACAGAAGGGGUGGUGGUCAAUGGGAAGGAGGAAGAGCAGACGGCAGAGGAAAUCCUCAGCAGAGGCUUGAGCCAGAUGACCACCAAUGCUGACACGGAUGUUGACACCUCCAAGGACAAAACCGAGUCGGUCACCAGUGGCCCCAUGUCCCCAGAGGGUUCACCUUCCAAGUCUCCUUCAAAGAAGAAAAAGAAAUUCCGAACCCCUUCCUUCCUGAAAAAGAGCAAAAAGAAGGAGAAAGUGGAGUCCUGAUUUGUGGCACCAUGGACUCCCACCUGCAUCCUCUCCUUCCUCCCUCCCCUUUUCCCAACUCUGUCCCUGGAAGCAUGGGGCCAAGGAGGGAAAGAAUAGGAAUCUGGAUUAUACUCAGAGAGGGAAUUUACAGGUCACCCAAGCGACCCUUCAUUUUACAGUUACCCCAGAGAAAUCAGGUGACUUGCCCAAGGUCACACAGAUAGUUAGCGGCAGAGCUUGCACUAGAAUUCAGGUCUCCAGACUCCCAGUCUAGUGCUCUUUCCACUAUACUACACUGCCUAGCCGUGGGCCACCUUUAUUAGGAUGUUGCCCACCAAUCUGAGCCCAGGGCAAAAAAGCCAGUAAUGGACUAUGAGCUCUUACAGGCUCAGACUAAGUCAGACAGGUUGAGGCUUCCCUUGAGUAAGGUCCAUCUCUUCCAAGAACCCCAUCUUCUGUGAUGGAGCUAUCUCUACAUUAAGAAAUCUCACUUCUCUUCCAUUUUGGGUCCCUGCCCUGCUGCUCAAAGUAACCAGAUAAAUUGACCCAUUCCCUGUGAUAGAAGUUAAUCUUUAUUCCCAAGGCUGAUGGCUUAGCUUACACUUCCCCAAACACUAACCCUGGGCUUUCUUCAUGGAACCUCUUGAGUGAUGGAUGGAAGAAUUUUAAAAAAUGGCUGGCAUGAGGGCAAGCCAAGUAAGCCUGAUGGAUGGGGAUGGUUGAAUCAGUUUAAGAAUCCAGGAUCUUGAAUGUUUGUGUUGUGCAUCUCAAGUGCUUCAAAACUAAAACCAAAUUUAGCAUAAGAAAAGUUGUCUUAUGCUCAGGGCAGAAAUUUUGGCAAAUUUAAACCCUCUGUUGGCUUUGAGUUGUACAAGGAGGAUCAAAAUAGCACAGGAAAUGCUUUGCUUUUCUAGCUUUGCAUGCUAUAGAGCAACACGGCUCUACCUGCCUCACUCCUGUCCAGCAGUCAGGCAUCACCUGACCUUUCCUCAGACCCAGGAGCACCUACUCGCAGAGCAGAACAGGCAUCUUGCUUUUGGCAUCUUUACCUUGGCUCCUUUGAGUUUCCAACUCUGAGUCACUCUGGAUCAACAGAGGAGAAUCAGAAAUGAGUCCUUCAGGAUUAAUACUCUUGGACCAAUGCAAGGAGAAAUGCUUGGGUAUCCCCAGCCCGGUCACUAUCUGUCCAUCCUGGGCCUAGUAAUAUCACACCUAUUAUUUUAACUACCAAUGCUAUUUUUUCAUUGCAUGGUGUCUCAAAGAAUUUUCUUCUUUUUUGAUCUGGAUUAUUGUAAAAAUAUUUUUGAAAAUUCUUAGUCAUAGUUUUCCAUUUUUGAGUUUAUGUGUAGACACUGUGCAGAGUUCAUACAUAUUAUAUCCUCUAAUCCUGUAGCGAUCCUGUGAUGGUCAUAAGACUAUUUCCAGUUUGUAAUGAGGAAUCUUGACCCUAAGAGAACUACUGGUUUGCUCAGAAAUAGCUGGAGUCUGAGUUUGAACCCAAGUCAGUCUGAGUCGAGACCUCUUGCUCUUAGUAGGUAUGGUGAAUGGACAUCUUUUAGCCUCAAGAUGAUUGUUUUAGUCCAUGAACCAUUUCAAAGAUUUGUCUCUACUGCAUGAUUUUGGCACUUGAAGAUAGGGAAUUACCUGUGUUCACCCUCAUCAGUGUCCCUUAAGCUUCCAUUGAAUGUGGACUGCAGUGACGCCAGUGUUGACCUUUGACAGAAGAGAGCAAGAAAUACCACCCAUCACUGGCUAUUUCUUGAGAAGGAAGGAAACUGACAUAUGACUAAGGAAAACCCAAUGCUAAAACCCUAGUGCAGAUUCCUAACUGCGCCCCCAGAUCCCCUCUCUGUCCUACGUCUUGGCUGGGUCAUGUCUAAUGAUAAAUGACCAAUGGUCAUGGUAUCCGAAGCCUCAGAAAAACCUGUCAUAUGGACAAUGCCUUUAAAAGCCAAUCCUUUGAUGCCUUUUUAAAAAAAAGUCAAUUUCACAUUUAUUCAUUCAUCCUUUCAUUAUAUUUGUUAAGCAUCCACUUUGCAUCAGGCAUUAUGCUGACACUGAAAAAGCAACCAUUCUAACUAAAAUAAUAAGAGGCAAACAAUGUUGAGAGAAGGGAGGAGUGGAUGUGACCUCUGAUGAAGCAUCCUGUGUGAGUGCUUGUUGCUCAGAGAUGAUGUCAA